AUGAAUCACCGUUCCUCGGGCGGCUGGCGCCGGCUGCUCGGAUGGGACCGCCAUCCGUCUCACGCACAGCACGAUCGGUGGUGGGAAGAGACGCGACGACGACUUCUCCCGGCAUACGUCGAAGACACGAUUGAGUCGGCCAUUCCUCCCGAAGAGGUGACCAAGAUCGCGAUUCGUCUACGCUAUUUGAUCGAAGAAUGCAUUCCAUGCGACAUGGAGGAAGACGUCAUUACGCGCUCUCAUAGCCAGGUCAUUACGAAAAAAGUCGUCCAAGCGGCCAAAGAGGCCGGUGGCGAAGAUAACAAGGACUGCGUGGUCUAUUGCUUGCUUAUUUGCAAACGGUGGUUCUGGCACCAAGCCCAUAUUGAGCUGUGGGAUGCGGAGAUGCACAAUAUUCGCUCGACUGCGUGCGAGGUGAUAGCCAAGCUCAUCAUCGAAGGCGAGGAAGACACGAACUACCUCAUGCACGCGGUUCUCCUCAAACGCUACUCGAUUCUCGUUAAUAACGAGCCGACUCUACCUUCCAACGUCAUCGAAAAGGCCGUCGACCUGCACGCUCUUCGUGUCAUCGGUUCUUCGGGAUAUCAAAAAUGUAUCAACUACCUCUGGCGAGGAUGGCUCGUGCAGGACGAGGACGAUCCUUCGAGCUUCGUGGACUAUAAGGACCGCGACAACACGUCGUUCUAUUCGCACCUCGACCCAGACCGCAUGCGCGCCCCCAUGUACCAAAAUGCAGUCCAAGUGCUCUUCUCCAUCCUCUACCUGGUGCUCUACACCAUUGCUAUCAACACCAUCAACCGCAAUGGAGACUUGGACAUCGUCGAGAUUAUUCUGUACCUCUUCACCUGCGGUUUCCUCUUUGACGAAUUUGCCAAAGUCUGGAAAGCUGGAUACUACAUUCUCGGCUUCUGGGACGCCUUUAACGGUGUGCUCUACUCGCUCCUCUUUGUCAGUCUUAUCAUGCGUUUCAUCGCCUUCUCCAAGGCGCCAUCCGAUGACCCGAAUGGCAAGGGACCGCGCGAGCACUUUAACGAACUGAGUUACAACUUUUUGGCCGUCAGCGCACCCAUGUUCUGGGUCCGCCUGCUGCUGUACUUGGACAGCUACCGGUUCUUCGGUGCCAUGCUCGUCGUGCUCAAAGUGAUGAUGAAAGAGUCGGUCAUUUUCUUCGCCCUGUUGGUGGUCAUCGUCAUUGGCUUUUUGCAGGCUUUUAUCGGCCUGGACAUUGCGGAAGAUCUCGUUCUCAGCGACGUGACGUUCAUCGUGCAGGCCAUGGCCAACGCCGUGAUGCAGAGCCCCGAUUUUGACGGCUUCGAGCAGUUCGGGCAUCCCUUUGGCAUCAUUCUGUACUAUUGCUUUACGUUUAUCGUCAUGGUUGUCCUGCUCAACAUCUUGAUCGCCCUCUACAACUCGGCGUAUGAGGAUAUCUACGAGAACGCCGACGACGAGUACCUAGCCUUGUUUGCGCACAAGACGAUGCAGUUCGUCCGCGCGCCGGACGAGAACGUGUUUAUCCCUCCGUUCAACCUCAUCGAGGUGUUUUUCUUGGCGCUCCCGCUGGAAUGGUGGAUGAGCAAGCGCAUGUACGAGCGCAUCAACGACAUUGUCAUGGGCAUCCUGUACUCGCCGCUGCUGCUCAUCGCCGCCUAUUUUGAGACCCGGACGGCGUAUGACAUUCUGGGCAACCGCCGCCGCGGCGAUGACGAUGACGACACGGUUGAAGAGUGGGAGCAGCUCGCUGUGACUGGUGUUGGUGUCGACUUUGAAGCGGACGGGUGGAAGAAGACAGUCGAGAACGUCAAGCCCAACGUCGAAGACGAGCUUGCCGUGGUAGAAGUGCGGCAGCUGCGCGCUGAGGUCACCGAGUUGAAGCAGCUUCUCGAGGCACUUGUCAAGCGGGCGGGUGACACAUCGGUACAGCAGUCGACCGGAGAGCAGAGCUCCGCAUCCAAGACAGCCGCAUGA